GGGUGCGCAUCAUCAGGCAGGAGCAUCCAGAGGUAGAGUAGAAGGUGUAUAAUGGCUGCGGUCUUCCCUGUAGAUGUCCAGCAGCUACUGGUGAUAAAAGAAGAGGUUUCCCAUGAAUGUGAAUGGAGCCCCAGUGUGAACCAUCCUGACUCAGAGCUGUGGAAAAAUCAAGAGCGAGUUCACUGUAAUGGGCUGGAGGAGGAUAUCAAGAGGUUUCCAUUUACUGUUGUUCAUGUGAAGAGUGAAGAUGAAGAAGAGAAGCCUCAGUCAUUAAAGGUUCAUCAAAACCAAAAUAAAAACAAGAUAGAGACUGAGACUCAAGCGAGCAACUCCUCUGAACAGAGGAAAAUGGACCGAAGUACAAAUAACAAUAUACAAACAAAUACUGAUGGCGAAGCACCGGAAUCUUCUGAGACUGAAGUCAGUGAGGAUGGCUGGCAGGAACCUUUGUCAGAUUGUGGACCUGAAACUGACGACAGCGACAGCCAAUUGAAUGACGACAGAACACCUGAGUCAGGUGUAAAUAAUGCAAAAAGGUCUUCCAGUUGUUUGGUGAAUGAGAGAAGUUCUAGAGUGGAGCAAAGUGUCGAUUCUCAGAUGAAGCGAUUUGGAUGUGAUGAUUGUGGUAAACGAUUUAACCAAAUGAAAGAUCUUAGAGUACACAUGAGAGUCCACACGGGAGAAAGACCAUUCUGUUGUGCAGAUUGUGGUAAAAGAUUUAGAUAUCAAGGAAGUCUGAAUGUACACAUGAGGCUCCAUGCUGGAGAGAAACCGUAUGCUUGUGAUAAAUGCGGUAAAAGAUUUAGCCUAAAGACAAACCUUACCAGACACAUAAGAGUCCACACGGGGGAGAAACCAUUUAGCUGUGACAUUUGUGGACAAAGAUUUAACUAUCGAAGAAAUCUUAACAUGCACAUAAGAGUGCACACAGGAGAGAAACCGUUUAGUUGCGACAAUUGUGGGCAAAGAUUUAACCAAAAGAUCGAACUUAGGAGACACAUGAGAGUUCACACAGAAGAGAAACCGUAUACCUGUGGCGAUUGUGGUAAAACGUUUAGUUACCAGUGUAAUCUGAAGACACACAUGGCACUCCACAAAGGAGAAAAACAGUUUGUUUGUGGUGUUUGUGGUAACAUAUUUAACCAAGAGGGGAAUCUAAAGAUACACAUGAGAGUCCACACAGGAGAGAAACCAUUUGGUUGCGAUUUCUGUGGCAAAAGAUUUAAUCAAAAGAUUCAUCUUGAGACGCACAUUAGAGUUCACACAGGGGAGAAACCUUAUAACUGUGGAUUUUGUGGCAAAAGAUUUAGACACCAGUGUAAUCUAAAGAUACACACCAAACUCCACAAGGAAUAAAUAAGUAUUGAGAGUCUCAACGGGAUUUUUUCCCGUGACUGGGAGUAGCGAUGCCCAUCAAAAUUAUCUCUGCAAACACAAUGAUGUGCAAAACAGUGUUCUUAUCAGUGCUGUUUUUAUUUUUGACAAAGCUAGCCAUAGGGC